AUGCCUGAUAAUUUAGAGCACGAACUUCCAGACGACCCUUCCACUUACGCCGAAGCCAUGGCCUCCAAACACGCUGCUCAAUGGACCACUGCACUCAAAGAGGAAUUCGACUCACUACGAGAACUUGGUGUCUAUAAGCUGGUGCCUCGCAUGGCGAUUCCACCCGGUCGCAAAAUUAUGUGCAGUCGACCUGUCUUCAAACUUAAACGUGAUCAGCAUGGC